CCUUUCGUGUCCGGGUGUUCUCUCGUGAUCCAUGCGAAAAGCGGAUUACGCGCGGCAUUCGGCAAUGAGGCAACAACAGCCGGUGGACGUAUCGCCGCGGUGUCGGUGUUGAGACACUCGUCCCGGUCGUUCAACGUCCCGGGCGUGUCUUCGGCAUCAAGUCCACAUCGGCACCGACAGGCGAUAUGAGUACGAAAUUCAUAAUUGAUAGUAUGCUACCUGCUAAGUACCAACAAUUUCACCCUCAACAGUUGUUCUCAAGCGCGGCUCCAGGUACCAUUCAGGCGUGCACAACGAGUCCGGCCACCGCGAGCCUAGAAUCGAGUUUAUCCGCGGCUGCAGUCGCGGCCGCGGCAGUCAAUUACGCACAGCAGCACAAUUCACCGAGCCCGACGGGUUCGAGUCCUCAGCACUCGGGAAGCUCCGCUUCGACAUCACCGGCGGCACGCACCACGUCAAGCAUGUAUCCAUACGUGUCCGCCGCAGCGGCGCAUCAUCAUCAUCAGCAGCAGCAAGCGGUCGCGGCCGCCGCAUUCGGCGCGACGUCGAGCAUGGUCCCCGGUUUCGGCUCCACCGCGGCGUCCAGCGCUGCUCUCGCCGCCGCCGCUGCCGUCGACGCCGCGACCGCCGGCGACAAAUCCUGCCGUUACACAGCUAGUCUGACCGGCAAUGUAGCACCUGCAUCCGCCGACCCUAUGGUUAACUAUACUCUAGGCCACCAUCAUCAGAACGGCGCUACGCCCGGUAGCCUCGUCUCAUCCGCGUCCGCAUCCUCCGCCGUCUCCGCUGCCUCCGCCUCCAUGGCUGCGGCGGCACAGUUCUACCAUCAGGCGGCCGCCGCAUCGGCUGUUGUCGAUCCUUUGACGUCCUGCCAACAACCUACCACAGGUCAACCUGGGAUCUCGGAUAUACCCCGGUAUCCAUGGAUGUCUAUUACCGAUUGGAUGAGUCCAUUUGACAGAGUGGUUUGCGGUCCGAAUGGCUGUCCGAGGCGCAGAGGUCGGCAAACGUACACGCGGUUCCAAACAUUGGAAUUAGAAAAAGAAUUUCACUUUAAUCACUAUCUGACGCGGCGACGACGAAUAGAGAUCGCGCAUGCACUCUGCUUGACGGAACGACAGAUCAAGAUCUGGUUCCAGAAUCGGCGAAUGAAACUGAAAAAGGAGUUGAGGGCGGUCAAAGAAAUCAACGAACAAGCCAGACGUGAGCGUGAGGAGCAAGAUAUGAUGAAGAAACAGCAGGCGGAGAAACAGGCCAAGUUACAGCAGGAGCAGCAGAGCGCCGCUCUUCAGCAUCAACAGCAGCAUCACGAAGACACAAGAGACUGGAGCGGCCUGGACGAAGAUUCCGAAGCGAAGUAGUUGGUAAGGUCGAUCACGUAGAAGAUCCUGAGUUCUCUUCCUCUCAUCUUCGCACGCGGGAAACAGGUACGAAACAUCUGAUGCAAAGAUUUUUGCAAUCUUCCUCGAGUCAGUGAGCUGCUGGCUCUCAAGUAGAAGACUUAGCGGAUGCAGUCAUCGGUGUUCUUUUUUUUUUGUUUUUCAUCAAGAGGGGAAGAUAGCGAGGAUUUAGGAAGCCUGGAAGAUACACACAGCGCGAUCUUCUCUGGGCGACCAAAAUAAAGGUACGACGAAUGCCUUGCUGAAUCGGUUCUUUCUUUUGUUUUUGUUUUUCUUAAGCAAGAAAGAAAAAUAACUAGAUGUUACGAUAGUAAAAACUAAAAACUCGAAACAUAGAAAAUGAACGCACCCCACCCCAGCUACGUACUUACUUGGCUAGCUCCUGAAGGGCGACAUACGAAACCGCCUCGCACGGGGCUCAGCCUGUGACUGAUUCCUAGAACGUAUAAUGUAUAUUGUUAAUCGGGUGCUACACAAUGAGCCAUCGCGAUUAUCAAGCGAUGAACGUACGAAUUGGCGCGAUACUGCCAUGAGGAGCCAAUAAUUACAUCGAGGCGGUGAGUAGGCUAGUUAAAUGGGCUGAAACUGAAGGAUUAAUGGUUAUAUGGGCCGACAGGAUUAUUAACGACGACAUUUCGAUUAAUUAAUCGAAACCUUAAAAAAGGGAAAUAAAUCAAAGCUCUAUAAACAAACCGGCAUCCAAUUGUAAGAAACCA